GUCUCAGACUCCGCCCAGUGGCCGGAAUAUGCUCAGGGCUGUGCCGGUAGCUGGUCAAUAAAGACUUGCUGCAUUCCCCUCCGCUUUCCUGAAGCUGCAUUCUCGGGGGCUCGGUCAUCGGCAUGGCAGACUUAACGAUAGACGUCCCAACUGUCGCAACGAUACUUCUUAUCCUAUGUUCCUCGGGGAUUCUGUUCGUGGUUCUUUGGCGUAAAUCCCAACCAGCUCCGGUAAAACUCCAGGCUUCGACGGACGCUUCGUACUACACCUUCCGCGUAUCCGACAUCCCUAGAGGUAUACACGAGCGCGACCUUAAACAAGCUCUUGAGCAGUUGGUUCCACCUGACCGGAGGAAGGCCGAUGAAGGGGGAACUGUCAUAGGAUGGUCUCUAGCGCCUUCUUGCUACGAAGCCGACCAGUAUCAGAUUGUGACUGUCACGUUUCGCCAAAUUCCGGACAUCCUUCGGCGCUGUACGCAGUCAUCCACCGUGGUAUUCCAUCGGGUUGCAAUCCCGGGCUUGGACAGCGUGGAGCUCAGUUUCGACUCCCAAUUUCUGGGGCUGACGCUGCUCAAUGAGUGCACAGUGCCUACCGUCGAUAUCGUUGCGGUUACGGGACUCGCCGGCCAUGCUUUCGGCUCAUGGAAGGCGCGCGGCGGUGCGAAGAUGUGGCUUCGGGAUUUCCUUCCUCGAGACCUGCGCGACGCCAAGUACCAAACCAGAAUCCUCACCUACGGCUACGAUUCGACUCUGCUUCAAAGUGCCUCUGAUGCCUCGAUACACGAGUUCUCACGGAGACUACUGGAAGCAUUGAAGGAAUCACGUCGCCGUCCCGAUGAAAUUCAUCGACCCAUCAUUUUCAUCGCACACAGCCUGGGAGGCAUCGUUCUUAAGCAUGCUCUCACGGAGGCGAAGCGUGGCGACCCUAAGGACAAGGCAAUAUUUAACUCUUGCUAUGCUGCCUUAUUCUUUGGUGUUCCGAACAGGGGCCUCCGGAUUGAUCAUUUACUGUCGAUGGUGAAAGGCCAACGGAAUGAACGAUUGGUGCACGAUCUCUGUGAAACGUCUCAGUAUCUCCCCGAGUUACAUCGCGACUUCUACCGCGAGUUCGACUUCAAAGACGCCAAAAUAUAUUCCUUCUACGAGACAAAAGACACUAAAACCGUUGAGUAUAACCCAGAUACAAAAACUUUCGAGAGAAGAGGCCCGUUAGUGCGGAUGGUAACCCGCGACUCUGCGACUCAUUCGGGGCCCAAUGAAAAGAUCUAUCAUCAAUUGAAUAUCGACGAAGAUCACUCCAAUAUCGUCAAGUUUGGGAACCGUACCAACAUCGAUUAUCAGACUGUUAGGGGGAUAAUCAGGGAGUGUGUCGACGAAGCUCCCCGCGCGAUCAAGAGGCGGCCGGGUGGGAGGCAAAAAACCGAUCUCCAGAAAGAAUGUCUCCGUUCACUUCUCCCGGCGUCCAACAACCCAGCCCCAAGGAUCCCCAAUGCAAAAAUACACCGCAACACAUGCGAAUGGCUUCUCCAACAGGAAAUGUUGAAGGAAUGGUGCUCAGCCGGGGGGAAUGAUAGCAAAAUGCUAUGGAUUUACGGGAAUCCCGGGACCGGCAAGACGGUCCUGAUGGAUUUCUUACGACAGCAUCUCGCGAAGGAUCCGAUGUCGACAGUUAUUUACUUUUUCUGCAACGGCAAAGACAAAGAGAAUCGAACGGCCAUAGCAGUGUUGAAGUCGUUGGUAUAUCAACUUCUGAAUGAGCACCCCGUAUUUUUCCCGCACGUCCUGCCAGAAUACGAAAAGUUCAAUCUCGCAAAGGAAGCGAAGUGCUGAAGCUGUUUACUACGUCAUCGAUGCUCUGGACGAAUGUUCCGAUAACCGGCAAGAGGAUGGUUACUGCAGAUACGAUAUUAUCGAGCACCUGCACAAUCUGUACCUGACCCAGUCAACAGCAACUACCUGCGCAGGACAUAUCGCCAUCAGCAGCCGACCGAACGCAGAUAUCGUGUCACUCCUUCCCGCCCUCAGGCUGGCCAUUCGCACCGAGGAUCACAACGCGACUGACAUCCAGCGAUACAUCUCCGACGAGGUGGGAAGAUUGGCGAAGAAGCUAAGUUAUCCGGCCGAACUGAAGACCGAGGUUGAGACGUUCCUCGAAGAAAACUCGGGCCAUAUGUUCCUCUGGGUAUUCCUCACCAUCAACGAACUUAGCAAGCGGUACACGCCAGCAGAGAUACGAAAGCUCUUGAAAGGCGUCCCGCGGACGCUCUACGCAUACUACGAACACAAACUCUCCACGGUCGCCAUCGAGAAUCGCGAAAGAGCCA